AUGGCGCCAUGGGCACUGCUUUUGGUCCCGGCCGCCGGCUGUUCUCUGGACCCAACCACUGAAAGGGCGCUGCGGGCAGUGCUGGUGGCAACGGGCGCAGACUUCGAUGCGGAGGACCCCCUCUGCAGCUCUGACGGUGUCACAUGCGAGAAUCUGGGGGCUACUUGCAAGCUGACCUGCUUGACCCUUUCUUCCAGAGAGCUCACCGGGUACUUGCCCGAGGCCGUGGGAGACCUGAGGGAGCUGCGGAAGGUGUGGCUGAACUCGAACCAACUCACCGGGCCUUUGCCCGGCAGUUUGGGGCGCCUCACGCAGUUGGACUAUUUGGACCUGUCCUCGAACCGCUUCACGGGGCAGAUUCCGGAGUCCUUCGGCCAGCUGGCGCAGGUCAAGCAGUUGUUCCUGCAGGAAAACCUGCUGAACGGCAGCAUCCCGGCGUCUCUUGGGAAGAUGCGGAGCCUAACGAGACUGGAUCUAUCGCAGAACCAGCUGAGUGGGAAGAUCCCAUUGAGCCUUCGAGCCCUUGACCAGGUUGGAACGGCCUUCUUCUGGGACAACCCCGGGCUGGAGCCGGCCAGCACCCAGAAGCUGUACCGGGACUGCGGGCCAGUGACCAAGGAUCCCUGCAAGAUCUUCUUCUUUUUGGAUCCUUGGCAGUGCCUCCGCUGCUGCUUCGCGGCCCUGGGUGCCGCUCUGGCUGCGGCCUGGCUCGUGAGGCGCAAGCGCCGGGCCUUCCCCGCGGCCGCCGCCCACGUUGCGCCGUGUCCUGUGGGCGUGCUGCAGCUGGCCACGGAGGCGCUGAGGCCCACGAGGUGGGGGCAGCUGGUGUUUUUGGCGUUGGCGGUGGUGGCACACAUCUUUGUGCCGCUGUGUUUGGCCUGGUCCUUGCGGAUGGAACUGGUGCUGGGGCUAGGUGUGCUGAAGGGAUUGUGCCGGUGUGGCUCCGGCGCGCAUCUGGUCUUCCUCCCCAAAGGCCUGAGCUCUGGCAGGCAGGCCUUCCAGGUUUGGCUGGGUGAGAUUUUUGAGAUCCUGCUGUCCUUCGCGUUGGUUUUGUCCAUUGUGACGGCGGCCAACGUUUUGCAUCCCUACCACUGGCAGCGCGCCCUGCGGCAGGAUUCCGAGGUGGUUGCGGCCAUGGUGGAUGACCAGCCCUGGGUCCGCGACUUCUUCCUGUGCACAGUAGGCGCCAUGAGCGUUUACUGGUUGGCCCUGCUGAGCUCGCGGCGAGAGGCAGUCCAGGCUUCGCGGGGCCAGCUGGAGGAUUGCCGGGUGCUGGCGCUGGCCUUGGCACAAAUCACAGCAAUGGAGGCUUGGGCUGAGCAGGAGGUGCUCACCGUGGAGGUGCGUGCAAGCUCCGCGAGCUCAUUGCUCGAGACGGAGCUGGUCUGCGACGUCUCCCACACGCCUUCCGCGACCUCGGCGUCGGUGCCCGCGUCCGGAGGUUUGGGGCCAUCUGUCGCCGUGCGCGCGGAGAAGGUGGGGACACGGCGCCUGCUGGUGCGGUGGGAGGAGACAAGCUGCCAGGUGCAGCUUCGGACACCCGUCUACAUCUUCUGCAGCGUGGCCGCGAUUGUGGUGACCUCCUUUACGGACCUCAUCGUGGCGACGCAAUUCUUGCAGGGUCAUUUCUUCUGGUUCGCCUUUCUCACCCUAGCCACUUCUUGGUGUUCGAUGCUUGCAGAGCUGCAGACGUGGAGGCGCCUCCGGGCCGAGCUGCGCCAAAGCGCGCGGUGUGGGUACCUCACUGACCCCUUAAGGGCGAUGCAGAGCUCCGAGCGCGGCAUCGAAGGCUUCAUCGACCUGGGGGUCAAAGUCUAUGGCAUGCCCUGGGGCGUGGACUCUGGCUUGGAUUUCGCCAGCUUUCUGAUCCCCAUCCUGAUUUGCCUGCGGGGCCUGGUGCUCUUGCUGCGGAGCCGCGACCAGCUGGCUGAGCUGCAGAGCUCCUGA